AUGUCUUUCCGCAGAACUGUUUUGAUUACUUCACUCCUUCAUCUGGCUAAUGCCGCCCCGGCUGUCCAGAACACCGGUGCCCUAAGCUGUGUCAACUCUGCUAGCAACGGCCAGUCUUACAAUGGAUUCGUUGUGCAAUGCGGUAUUGAUUAUAACGGAAAUGACCUUGGUCUAGCUUGGACCUCGACUUUUGAGCAAUGUAUCAACACUUGUGCCGCCACCAGCGGGUGUGUUGAUGUCUCUUACGCGGGCACCGCAUGCUAUAUGAAGAGUGGUAUCGGCAGUUAUUCCACCAACAGUGUCUGGGGAGCGAGAAAAGCAGCUGCUGCGACCCUGACCUGUCCCAGUGCAUCUGGCAAAGUCUACGAUGGUUUCACCAUUGCCUGCGGCACUGACUACCCCGGGGGCGACUUGAGCAACUUCUAUGCUGGGAGCUUGAAUGCAUGUUUGGAUGGUUGUAAAUCAAACAGUCAAUGCCUUGGCGUUGCUUAUGCUGCUCCAUACUGCUAUAUGAAGAGCACCAUCAAUUCACCGUCCAGCAACGCAGCUAUUAUCGGAGCCGCGCUUCCACCCUCUCACACUGGGCUUUGUGCCAACGGCAACACUGGAACGACAACCUACUCGGCGGGUGGAAAAAGCUUCAACGUUCACUGUGGCUGGGAUUAUUAUGGUUACGACAUUUCGAACCUGCAGACCAAGGAUCUUGAGACCUGUAUCGCUGCUUGCUCUGCCAACGCCCAGUGCAAGGCAGUAUCUUGGACUGUACAUCCAGAACAUCAAGCACAUCCAGUACAUCAAGCACAUCAAGCACAUCGAGCACAUCGAGCACAUCAAGCACAUCGAGCACAUCCAGUACAUCGAGCACAUCGAGCACAUCGAGCACAUCCAGUACAUCGAGCACACCGAGCACAUCGAGCACAUCGAGCACAUCGAGCGCAUCCAUACUUCGAGCACAUCGAGCACAUCGAGCGCAUCCAGUACUUCGAGCACAUCGAGCGCAUCCAGUACGUCGAGCACAUCGAGCGCAUCCAGUACGUCGAGCACAUCAAGCACAUCAAGCACGUCAAGCACGUCAAGCACGUCAAGCACAUCGACAGCUUCGACAGCUUCGACAGUAUCGACAACAUCAACAGCAUUGCCGCCUUCAACUACGUCCACUUUGUCGCCCACAUCCACCACGAGCACCACGCAGGGCAGCACGACAUCUAG